AGGUGCGGGCGGGCGCGCGCGCGCAGGCGGGAGGCCGACGUCCCGGGCAUCUCGCGGCCUCUCCCGGUCGGUGGGUCCGGCGGUGCUCGGAGCAGGCCCGGCGGGGGCCGCGGCGUAGGGCGGCGCUGACCCGGCUCGAGACCGUGCUCGGGCGCGCCCCGUCGGCCCCGCCGCCGCCCGAACAGUUGUUGACAGCGGAGCCCGGACCUGCCGGUGCGCGGCCCUGAGCGUCGGGGCGCAGAGCCCCUUCCUGUUGCGGAGGGAGAGACCUCUUUGCUGGGAGGCUCUCGUGUCCGGCGCGGGCCGGUGCAGCGCGGAGAGACGGUCUUCGCCGCGAGCGCGAGGAGCUCCUGCCUCGGUUCCCUGCCGGGGCACAGCAGGCGGGUGAUCGUUGAAUGAAUGACUGAGCGCAUCGAAAGUGAAUAAACUUAAUUGAGAAUGUCUGAAAACCUUGACAAGUCCAAUAUAAAUGAAGCAGGAAAGUCAAAAUCAAAUGAUUCUGAGCAAGGCCUUGAAGAUGCUGUGGAAAGUUCUGAAGGAGCUUUACAGAAAAAAAUAAAGUCGGGCUCUGCCAGCACCCAAGGAGCGCAGAGACCUCCCUCUAGCCCUCCUCGAUUUGUGACGGUGGAAGAACUUGUGGAGACAGCGAAAGGAGUCACGAACAUGGCUCUCGCCCAUGAAAUUGUCGUAAACGGCAACUUUCGGAUUAAACCCGUUGAGUUACCAGAAGACAGCUUGGAGAAGAGGGUAAAGGAUAUUGUCCAUAAGGCUUUUUGGGAUUGCCUGAGUGUCCAGCUAAGUGAAGACCCCCCAGCCUAUGACCACGCCAUCAAACUGCUUGGAGAGAUCAAAGAGACUCUCUUAUCUUUCCUGCUGCCUGGUCACACCAGACUGAGAAACCAGAUAAGAGAAGUCUUGGAUCUGGAUCUGAUACAGCAGGAGGCAGAGCAUGGGGCCCUAGACAUUUCCAAGCUGGCAGAAUUCAUCAUUGGCAUGAUGGGUACACUGUGUGCACCUGCUCGAGAUGAGGAAGUAAACAAACUCAAGGACAUUAAGGAAAUAGUGCCCCUUUUCAGGGCGAUGUUCUCUGUGCUGGGCCUCAUGAAGGUGGACAUGGCCAACUUCGCCGUGAGCAGCAUUCGGCCGCACCUCAUGCAGCAGUCGGUCGAAUAUGAAAGGAAGAAGUUCCAAGAGCUUCUGGAGAAGCAGCCCAACGCGCUGGACUUCGUCACGCAGUGGCUGGAAGAAGCCGCCGGCGACCUCGCGGAUCGGACGUGUGGACGCGCCCUGCCGGCCGGGGGCGGCGCCGCGGGCUCUGGGGACGCGCCGGUGCCGGUGCCGGUGCCGGUGCCGGACGCGGCGGCCGUGCAGGAUCGCGCGUACCUGCGGCUCCUGCGGUGGGACCACCUGCGGAGGCCGUUCCCCGAGACGGUUUUGAUGGACCAGGCUCGCUUCCAAGAACUCCAGCUGCAGCUGGAGCAUCUGACCAUCCUGGGGGCCGUGUUGCUGGUCACGUUCAGCGUGGCAGCCCCGGGAGUCUCCAGCCAGGCCGACUUUGCCGAGAAGCUCAAGAUGACUGUGCAGAUUCUGCUAACAGAUAUGCAUCUGCCCUCCUUCCACCUGGAGGAUGCCCUGACUGCCAUCGGGGAGAAAGUCUGCGUGGAGGUGAGCAGCCGCCUUUCCCUGUGUGGGUUCAGCCCCCUCACUGCAGACCAGGAGACCGCGCUCAAGGGCCAGAUCCAGGCUGUGGCCAGUCCCGACGACCCCGUCCGCAGGAUCGUGGAACUAUUUCUUUGAGCUCUGUGAGGGAGAGGAGAUGAUGAGAACCUCCAGCUUGUAGCCAAGUCGGGCAGAAGUUGUGGUAACCUGGGGACCUCCUACUUGUGACUGGCAUCUGAAGUGGGGACAGUCUGCUGGGCCGGGCCCUGCACCUGUGGGGUCUGACGCCCUUUCCAGGUAGUGUCGGAAUUCAGCACGACGGUAGGACACCCAGCUGGUGUCACAGAGGAUUGCUUGGUGUGGGAAGCCCCCACACUGGUGUCAGCAGUGGUAAGAGCACAGGAGGCGCGCAGGGCUUCCCUACAGAGGUUUGUGGGGUAGCGAGGCAAGUGACUGACACUGGAGUUUCCUCAUCUCUCAACAGGGACGGUACCAGCAACCUCACGAGGUUGCUGAGGACGGCAGGCCUGUGCGGCAGCACGUAGCGAGCACUCGGGGGAGUAGCUGUUCCUGAGGAGAGUCCUCGGCUGUCAGCCGUUACUUCCCAUCGUCACAGCAGUGGCCCCGUGAAACUUCUGCUCACUAGUUGAUCAAGGAAUACAAUGUUUAUCUAAUCUUAAAAAUUCAGGUUUAUCUUUAGCGUAAUUUAAUUAAUUUUGAAGUCUUUCUUCAACUUCAUAUGAAACCAGAUAGGCGUUCAGCACGUAACACAGUCAGGUGUCGCUUAACGAUGGGGAUGCGUCCUGAGAAAGGCAGCGUUCGGCGGUUUCGUUGUCUUGCAGACGUCACAGUGCGUCACACAGACCUCCAUGCUCGUCUUCUGGGGCCACCGUCAUAUACGUGGUCUGUUGUUGACUGAAACAUUGUUAUGCGAUGCAGGAUUAUAAUGAAAAAUUAGCAGGCUUCAGGCACAAGCUGCAUUGUCCAUGGUGAUCAGAUUUCAGGUUGGAGUAGAAGGCUGGGCUAGUCACGUAGGCCUGUUUCUAAUACUGACUGUUUUUAUUAUUAAGUAAUUUACGAAAAGAGAGUUACAAGGAUCAGUGGUUUUUAAAAGUUCCGUUCUUUCAUCCCAGACGCAAGUGCGCUGCAAUUUCCUCUGGGGGUCCCUCUGGAGGGGCCUCAGGCAGGUGCGCAGCCCCCGGAUCGUCAAGAGCCCUCUUCUCACCCU